UUGUAAGUUCGGUAAUAAGACCAUCUUUAUUACAUUAGUGUAAGCUGUAAGCAAAAAGAGUUUGUAAUUUUCAGUUGUGUGAUUACCUCAAGUUUGAUUUGUACGAUUGGAUUUGGGUUGCUGCAAGAUUCAUACUUUGUUUUGUUCUCUCUCGCCCGCUUUUCCACUAAUUCGAGCUCAAGACUCUUUGAAACGCACCUAGAUCCUGCUUAAAUCUGUUAUUAUAGCUCAAAUCCUUUAGUUUCCUGAGCUAAUCCCAAGUUUGGUUAAAGUGUUCUUUGGAGAUCUCUGUUGUUCAGACAUAUGCGUUGAAAGUGGUCUUCAAUAAUGAUGGAGAUAAAGAGAAAAAUGGGGAUUGCUCAUUUCGCUCGCAGGAUCAAACAGCCACGUGGGAUUUGGGUGAAGAUGGCCUUCAUUGUUGUUUUGGGUCUCUGCUUCGUCUUCUUCUGGUCCUUCUUAUCUUCCUACGCUUCUUCGUUCAAUGUUCAGAGAGAAAGCUUCGACGACAUAGCUGAGCCAGUGUCCUCUGGCACUAAGCCAGCUCGUAACGAAGUGACUGAAUCUAGCAAAUCACAUGAGAAAAGCAAAGUUGAAUCUGGUUCGAAAUCAAAAGAGGCGAAACACGUUGGUGGUGGGUCUGUUCAUAAACAUGAAACCAAGAAAAAGAAAGAGCAUGUUGUUGUGUCUCAUCCUCCACAUAAGAAGAAAGAUUUGCCUAAGCCGGUGGUAGUAGUAGAAGAAGAAGAAGCUGUGGUCAAGGAGGUUCAAGAACAAGUAGAAGCAGAAACUGAGGAGUCUGAGUCUAAUAAGGAAGAUGGAGAGGAAGGAACUGAGUCAGAUAACAAUGAAGGAGAGUCUGAUGGAAACGGAGACGAAUCAAAUGCAUCAGCUGAUGAAGAAGUGGAAGAGAAGAAGGAGGAAGUAGAGAUAAGCAAAAAGAGGAAGAGGAAAGGUCCAGUGUUUGAUCCUAAAGCUGAGUAUAGCUGGAGACUGUGUAACACUAGGAGCAAGCAUAAUUACAUGCCGUGUAUUGAUAACGAUGGGUUAAUUGGGAGGCUUCAGAGUUAUAGACAUAGAGAGAGGAAUUGUCCUAAGAAGCCUGUAAUGUGUCUUGUUCCUCUACCGCAUGAUGGAUAUGAUCCUCCUGUUCCCUGGCCUGAAAGCAAAUCUAAGAUAUUGUAUAAGAACGUGGCGCAUCCGAAGUUGGCUGCAUAUAUAAAGAAGCACAACUGGGUGAAUGAGUCCGGUGAAUACCUAACUUUUCCACAGAACAAGUCUGCCUUCAGCGGAAAUGUUCUUCAGUACCUUGAAUUCAUUCAAGAGAUGGUACCAGAUAUUGAAUGGGGGAAGAAUGUUCGUAUAGUGUUGGACAUUGGAUGCUCAGAGUCAAGUUUUGUAGCUGCAUUGCUGGAUAAAGAUGUUUUGACAGUAUCUCUAGGCUUAAAAGACGAUCUAGUCGACUUAGCACAGGUCGCUCUUGAGCGUGGGUUUCCUACUUUUGUCAGUGCUUUGGCAAAUAGAAGGCUUCCUUUUCCUAGUGGAGUCUUUGAUAUAAUUCACUGUUCUGCUUGCAGAGUCCACUGGCAUUCUCAUGGUGGUAGACUUCUUCUGGAGAUGAACAGGAUUUUAAGACCCAAUGGAUACUUCAUAUUGUCAAGUAAUAAUGAAAAGAUUGAGGAUGAUGAAGCGAUGACUGCAUUGACAGCUUCUAUUUGUUGGAACAUUCUUGCACACAAAACCGAAGAAGCAAGUGAAAUGGGAGUGAGAAUCUAUCAGAAACCAGAAUCAAACGAUAUCUAUGAACUGAGGAGGAGGAAGAAUCCACCUCUUUGCAAGGAAAACGAGAACCCAGACGCAGCUUGGUAUGUGCCGAUGAAAACCUGUUUAUAUGAGAUACCGUCAGCUAUAGAACAACACGGAGCAGAGUGGCCUGAAGAAUGGCCAAAGAGACUUGAAACAUACCCUGAGUGGUUAACCAGCAAAGAGAAAGCUGUUGGAGAUACAGAUCAUUGGAAAGCCAUGGUUAACAAAUCUUACCUCACUGGACUAGGCAUUGACUGGUUACAUAUCAGGAAUGUGAUGGACAUGACAGCAAUCUAUGGCGGGUUUGCAGCCUCAUUGGUGAAUCAGAGCGUGUGGGUGAUGAAUGUAGUGCCUGUUCAUUCGCCAGAUACGCUUCCUUUCAUAUACGAGAGAGGUCUCAUCGGUAUAUACCAUGAUUGGUGUGAACCAUUUGGAACAUAUCCAAGAUCUUAUGACCUUCUUCAUGCUGAUCAUCUCUUCUCACGGCUCAAGAACAGGUGUAAGCAACCCGCUUCGAUAGUGGUGGAGAUGGAUAGGUUGACAAGGCCUGGAGGUUGGGUGGUGGUACGUGACAAAGUGGAGAUAUUAGAGCCACUGGAAGAGAUAUUAAGAAGCUUGCACUGGGAGAUACGUAUGACGUAUGCUCAAGACAAAGAAGGAAUGUUAUGUGCUCAGAAGACAUUGUGGCGUCCUUGAUUCUUUUUUUUUUACUUUUGUUACUGUCUGUAUAUCUAUCAGAGAUUAUUAUUUCAGUUGAGUUCUUCACAUGUUACACAGUUGUGGCGUCCUAUGUUUCUGUGCCUAAAGGCCAAAUAGUGAUUAAGGUUAAACUUCAAGGACUCGAAUGCAAUUUAUUUUGUUUUA